UCCAGGGAACUUUUUUGUUUAUAUACGACAAGAAACAUCAUAACUUUCCACAUCUCCACGAAGUAUCUGCAACACCGUUCUUUUCAUUUUCAUCGAACUAUUCGAUAAUCGUUUGCAUUGAUCUUUUGGUCGCUUCCCCUACACAAUACAAUCCUCGAAUCAAACUCCCCCUUUCGAGCCCUUAAAGUAUGUCGACUAUAGGCCCUUUCCCGCACCCCGCCGACGGUGUCAAGCCAGCAAGCCCCCCAGUCCUCACCGAAGACCAACAGUCUAAAUACGAUCAAGUCCUCACGGCUGUAAAAGCAUGGACUUCCCUCCCCAAAACCUCCGCCAAAGGCGCAGAGCAAGAGCCCCUAUCAGACAGCGAACGCAUGUGGCUUACACGCGAAUGCAUCCUACGUUAUCUACGUGCUACCAAGUGGAACGUCGCGCAAGCGGAAAAGCGUCUUCAAGAUACACUCGUGUGGCGUCGUGAGUACGGCACUGACGGCUUCACAUCGGAGUACAUCUCGGAGGAGAACGCUACGGGCAAGCAGGUCAUUUUGGGCUUUGACAACGAGGGUCGCCCAUGCUUGUACUUGCUGCCUCAAAACCAGAACACGAAGAACAACCCGAAGCAGGUGCAGCAUUUGGUGUAUAUGCUAGAGCGGACGCUGGAUCUUGCUCCUCCUGGUCAGGAGUCAUUGGCGCUUCUCAUCGACUUCAGGAACAGCAGUGCUGGAAGCCAACCCAGCAUCGCUACUGCAAGACAGGUGAUGAGUAUUCUUCAAGGACACUACCCGGAGAGGUUGGGCAGGGCCUUGAUUACUCACUUGCCCUGGUACGUGACUACCUUCCUGAAACUCGUCUCUCCCUUCAUCGACCCCGUCACGAAAACGAAGAUGCGCUACAACGAGCCCCUCACCGAUCAUAUCCCGUCUUCACAGCUCAUGAAAGUUUCUGGUGGAGAAGUGGACUUCAAAUAUGACCAUUCUAUCUACUGGCCCGCCCUUGAUACUCUUGCAAAGGAAAGGCGGGCCGCAAGGACGGAAAGGUGGGAGAAGGCGGGUAAGCUGGUCGGUGAAAGUGAGAUCUACCUAUGGGGUGGCGAAGAGAAGAGCGUUGGUGCGACCGAGGUCAAAGAAGAAGCCAAGGAAACGAAUGGGACUGUAGCCGCCGAUAGCACACCAGCAGCCAACACUGCCGCGGUCGAUGCGGAUUUGGCAAAAGACACAGCCAAGUUGGAUGUCAAGGACGCACAGGAACCUUCCGUUCCGGCGGCUACUGCAUCUUAA